AUUGGGUUUUUCACUUCGAGACAGUCAGUCGAAAGUUCGUAUAUUCAUACGAGCAUAACCUAUAGUUCACAUACAUACAAACAAACACACGUGUGAAGGAAUAAUCGUGUCCCAGUGUCGUAGCUCAUUUAUUGCGGCUUCUGAGUUUGUUUCUCAUUUUGCCAUUGCUUUUGUGCUCUUCUGACGAUUGCCAGUUAGUCUUGAACAAAGCCGCGAGCCGUUAAUGUCGAUCUGCAGCAGUAGUCGACAGACGUCUACUUUCCGUGCCAGUAAUCAGUGCGUGUGGAUGUGUGCGCGUCGUAUGGAAUGACUGUCGUCCUUUCCUACCUGAUACCACGUAUUCAGUCUUUCUUUUGCGCGUCGCGUCGUUCUAUUGCGUGUCAUAUUCGUAACUUUGUAUUUUCGUAUUGUAUAACCGGUCGCCUUAUUCUUUGUCCGACAUUUGCCGGGUGAAGCCGAAAAGAAAGCAGGCAAUACACCGGUAAACUGAACUUCAAGAGCGGCAUCUCUUGCACAGCCAUACGAACAUAAACGAGAGCGAAAUCAUGUAAUAUAAUAUAUGCUUUGUCAAUUAAACGAAAUUAGCGCGUUGUUGUUGUGAAGUUGUGGUUGAAAAUGAAAGUGAAAAGCAAAUUUACAUCAUUUUUGAGAAAUAAAAUUAAACGAGACCUUUUAAAAUUGCAUAUGCGCUUGCAAAUGUGAAUCAUUUGCUUCACAAACUCGUUCGCUGGUGCUUGACUCACAAAAGUUGAUUGUAUAUGACCUUUAUGCAGAGCUAUAAACAUAAAUCUUAGUUACAGUGUGUUAAAGGGAAAAUGCCAAGCACUUUUGCGCCGCUAAAGUACCAGUAGCAUAAAAACAACCUAAGUGAGUGUAAUUUAUAAAAUAGCAGAAAGCAACAAAAACUGUUAAAGCCCAAAGCAACUCUCUACAUUGAAUACAAUAAGUUGAUAACCAUAAAAAGCAACAAACAUGUUUGGCAUUAAAUAUUUAACAGAGUCCCAUUUAAAGGGCUUCGAUCGAUAUAAGUACAACAGCAUCGACACCGGCUACAUCAGCGUCUAUAUCAUGCAUCCUUUCUGGAACUGGUGUGUUCAGUUCCUACCGAAAUGGCUAGCACCGAACCUCAUCACAUUCACCGGCUUCCUGUUGACCGUGGUCAAUUUCAUUUUAAUUGCAUAUUACGAUUGGGACUUUCAGGGCGCCAACCACGGUGUGCACACGGUGCCGCGCUGGGUUUGGUCAGUGGCAGCCAUUAAUAUUUUACUUUACUACAAUUUAGAUGGCAUGGAUGGCAAGCAGGCACGGCGCACUGGCACCAGUGGUCCGCUGGGCGAGCUCUUCGACCACGGCUUGGACUCUUACUCCGCUGUGCUGAUACCUAUUUAUAUGUUUUCGUUGUUUGGCACCAACGAUUUGCCGCCGAUUCAUAUGUUUUUCGUUAUAUGGAAUGUUUUUCUUAAUUUUUAUUUGACACACGUCGAAAAGUACAACACCGGCGUGAUGUUCCUGCCAUGGGGCUACGACUGCACGAUGUGGGGCGUCAGUUUGAUGCUAUUCUUCACCACACUUGUCGGCCCGGAAAUUUGGCAUGCGCGUCCCUUCUUAAACCUCAGUAUGGCGAACUUAUUUGAGAUUGUCUUGAUUGGUUCGGCCAUGGUGAGCAGUCAUCCAAUCAUCAUCAAAAAUAUUUAUUUAUCAUACAAAAAUAAAACUGGCAAAAUGCGUCCAUUUUUGGAGGCGGCGCGCCCACUCUUCCCCUUCCUAUGGCUCUUCGCAAUCACAACAUUCUGGGGCUUUUGCUCGCGCAAUAGCAUUAUUGAUCUGUCGCCGCGCAUCAUCUUCAUACUCUUCGGCACGUUAUUUUCCAAUAUAGCGUGUCGUUUGAUAGUGGCGCAAAUGUCCGAUGUGCGCUGUGACGGCUUCAAUUUGCUCUUUUGGCCACUCUUGGCCACAGUGGCGGUCUCCUGUUUUCCCUGGUAUGAGCAGUGGCUGGGCUGCGAAAUUAGCGCCGACAUGGAAUGCUGGAUCCUGCAAGCUUUAACGAUUUUCGUCACCGUCGCACACCUGCAUUACGGAAAAGGAGUGGUUUGCGAGAUGUGCGACCACUUCAACAUCCGUUGCUUCAAAGUAAGAGACUCUCCCUAUAUGCAACAAACAAUAACAAAUAACGUACCAAAGAACUUGCCAGCGGUAAACAACUCUCAUAUAUCAACACAAUUAACCGAGUCAUUAUUGAGUAAACGUUCAGUUAAUAACAAAAACGGGCCAAUUCAAAACAAUCUGUCAUAACUCGAGUAAUUAACAUCAUAACCUAUUAUAUAAAAUGAUACAAUUGGUUUUAACGUCACGAAUUUAUACCCCUUGUCUUAUAUAAUACAGUUUAAGAUCUCCAUUUAUUACUAAGCACGAAAAUUGAGGAACAUUUGAGUGUUGUCUUAAGUUCCAGCUAUAUAUGUACGUAUAUAUAUAUAAACAGAAUUAUGUACCAAACGUACAUACAUACUUAUAUACACAAAACUGAAAUAAAAUGCCGAAGUUCUAGCAGAUUUAAAUAUACGUAAUUUAGUUGCAGAAUCAAGGUAUUGAUGCACGAGUAUAACUUUAUCGUUACUGCGAUCGUUAUUGUUGCAGUUUUUGAGAGCGAUAUUAAAAAUUAAGUAUAUAUUUAUAAGAUUUAUUCAACAUUUUUGACUUCUCAAGCAUUUUCUGCGACGAAAAGUAUGCAAAUUAUAUAUAUAUGUAAAUAAAUGUAUUAGUCAAUAUAUUUAUAAGUGAAAGAUGGUUAAUUCUAUUUUUAGUAAGUCUCAUAAGCACUAACGCAUAAUAUUAGUGGGAAUAUUACAGUAUAAUUAAUACUUGGCUGUACUAACAAUAAAACAACAACGACUAUUAACUAGAACAUAAGCUAGCAUAUUGAAGGUGUAGUUAAAAUAAAUUAGAAAAUAAAUGAAGUUGGUAUAAAUUUUUGGAAAGCACAAACAUA